AUGGCUCCUGCAGCUACAAACGGCGAUGGGAUAGCCGCGCUUGAGGAGAUAAAGGCGCCAACUGGCGUCGUCUUGCCUCCCAAAGAAAUCAAGGCAAUCCUCGAGAAGACAGCCGGUUACGUCGCGCGAAAUGGAAUGGUGUUCGAAGACCGUAUCCGCGAGAAAGAAAAGCACAACCCGAAAUUCUCCUUCCUCAGCGCAAACGAUGCCUACCACGCAUACUACCAAUGGCGACUGAGCGAGAUCAGAGAAGGACGGGGCACAGCGGUAGCAGCAGGCCGAGCGGGCGAAAUAGCCGUGGAAGAAGAGAAGCCCAAAGGACCCCCAGAGCCACCGGAAUUCCAUUUCUCGGCGCGCAUGCCGAAUAUCAACGCGCAGGAUCUGGAGGUUGUGAAACUGACGGCGCUGUUCGUCGCGCAAAAUGGGAGACAAUUCAUGACUGCGCUCUCGCAAAGGGAGACGGGGAAUUACCAGUUUGACUUUCUGAGGCCGAAUCACAGUUUGCAUAAUUUUUUCCAGAGGCUGAUUGAUCAGUAUACGUCGUUGCUGAAGGCUGGUGGUAUUGAUGGCGAGGGUGGAAAGGCCCAGCAGGAGAGGAUAAGGGAGUUAGAAGCUAAUGCUGAGGAUAAAUUCAAUGUUCUGGGACGGGCGAAGCAGAGGGCAGAGUGGUUCCAGUUCCAAGACCAGGAGAAGCAGAAGCACGAGGAGGAGGCAGAGAAGGAGAAGCUAUCUUAUGCGCAGAUUGAUUGGCAUGAUUUCGUGGUUGUGGAGACUGUUCUUUUCACAGAGGCGGAUGACCAUACGAAUCUCUCACCACCGACGUCCUUGUCCGAGCUCCAGUUCGCGUCCUUGGAACAGAAGGCCAUGAUAUCGAUUAAUUCGCACAAUAUGCGCAUCGAAGAAGCCAUGCCCGAAGACACCGAUUAUUAUAAUUCCUACCCUCAACAACCACAACAACAUCAAAUGGCACCCCCACCUCAACCACAACAACCCGUCCAGCCACAGCAUGCUCAAGAUACGUACAUGAGAACGGAAGAGGAGGACGAAGAAGAACAACGCAUCCGGGAACGAACCGAAGCAAGGAAACGUGCCCAACAGGCACAACAAGAAGCCAAGGGCGGCGCGCCGCCUAUGAAGAUCAAGGAGAACUAUGUGCCCAGGGCAGCAGCGAGAGUAGCUAAUCGGCAGAAUAUGGUCAUCUGUCCGAAUUGCAAGGAGCAGAUGCCAGUUAAUGAGUUGGAGCAACAUAUGAGAAUCGAACUCCUCGAUCCCCGCUGGAAAGAACAAAAAGCCAAAGCGGAAUCCCGCUACGCUACAACCAACUUGUCCACUGCGGAUGUCGCAAACAACCUCAAACGCCUCGCAAGCCAACGCACCGAUCUCUUCGAUAGCGUAACGGGCGAACCCGUUUCCGAAGAAGAGCUGGCGCGGAGGAAGAAAGCAGCAGGUUCGGCGUAUGAUGGGGUUUCGGUGGCGGAUAAGGGCGAUAGGGGCUCUGGACAUGCCAAUAUGUUGCAGAACGUCAAUGUCGAUGAGCAGAUUAGAGCUAUUCAUCAGAAAUUUGGCGGAGGGGGUGGGGAGAAGAAGGGGUGA